AUGAUAUAUAACAAUAUUAUAAUUUUCGUAAUUUAAUAAAUGCAUAAAUAAUUGAAUUCGAUAUCCUUUCUUUCUGCUAAUAGCGGAUUUUCUGAUUUGUAAUCUUGUUCUAUUAUUAAAGGUAAUAAUUAUUAUAUAGCCAAAUCUAUUGAUUAACAUCCAGAAUUGAUUUAAUAACUUUUUGAAACCGAAAAGCUUCAGAAAACUAAGAAUAUUUUCUAGGAUCCUGUUAAUCUAAAAAUUCUAUAGCAUGAUCCUGCAAUCGGACCAAAAUAUGAAAAAAAUAAAAUUGUUUCAAGAUCUAUUGUAGGAAAACCAGAUAUUUUCAGAAAGAAAUAACCUAUUCAAAACAAUCAUUCAAAUUAAGACUUUCAUAUGCCCACUUAAUAGAUUAAUAUGCAGGAAUCAAUUAGUUUAGCCAAAAAGGAAUCUCCAUUACAAAGAAGAUUGACAUAAUUAAAAAUUGCUUAAAGUCCUGUCAAAAUUUCGAAAUAAACAAAAAACGAAAAUAUAAUUACAGGUUCUGAGUUAAUUAGUAAAAUUGCUCAGCUAGAAAAACGAUUAAUUUAAAAUAAAUUAGACGAAUAAGAGUAAUUAGAUAACAUGCCAUUUAUUUAAAAAUAAAAUUUAUAUCGAGACCAAAGAGCUUUGGAGGAUUUUGAUAAGUAAGAAAAAAUUCACUCUGAACUUCUUCUUUCCUUGUCAGCUCGUGUAUCUAGAAAUCCAAGUUGCUCAGUAAUGAUGGAUUUGUAUAAUUUUAGAAGAAAACAAGAAUAUUCAAGUACAAAUGAUAAAAUGAGGCAAUUAUCAGAAAAUAAAAAUCAAGAAAUUAUGUACAAAUUGUAUAAUAAACUAGAGAAAUGCAAGAAUAAAAUUAGAUUCCUUUUUUCAUCUGUUCAGAUAGAUAAUAAAUUAUUAGAAAACCACACAUCUUUGAAAAAGAUGCAACUAUUUCCAACAUUUUAAAGCAUAUGAACGAAGAUAAAACAUUUUAAAGUUUUACAACUAACAACUUCUUAAAAGAAAAAGAAUAAAAAUAUAAAUUGUUAGCAAAAGAUAAAAUUAAGUUGAAUAUUGAUGAAUUGAUGGUGGUUGGGCAAUCUAAAUAUGAGUAGGAAAUCUCCAUAGAUCCUAGCCAUAAAUAUGUAAUUAAAGAAAUAGAAAAACAUUAAGGAAAUGAAGAGGAAAUAUUAUGA